AAACCUUAGGAUUGUGAGUGAUGACACGUGAUCGUUUCGGUUCGGUUCACCCGAGUAAGAAGCGGUCCCGACACUUGCAUAGAGCUGUUAUUCCGAGACAGUGUAGCCAAUUCUCGAGAGCCAGCAAUUCCCUAAAAAGAGUAAAAAACUAUCUUCUUCUCUGCUCCGUCCGUUCUCGUCGUCGUCGCAAGCUACGAUUCUCCAUUGCCAGUAGAAAUCUCUGCUUAGAUUUAGAGAUGGCGGCUGCUUUGUCCAGCAAGUUUCUUAAAGGAAUCGCUAGCCUUCACUCUCUUCGUUCUACCAGAUUGGCAUCUGCAUCAUAUGUCAACCAAAAUGGGAUGAUGAGAUACUCCACUACAGUGCCCAGCGAUUCAGACACGCAUGAUGAUUUCAAGCCUACACAGAAAGUCCCUUCUGGUUCUACAGACUCGCUAAAGGAUAUCGUUGAAAAUGAUGUGAAGGAGAAUCCUGUUAUGAUCUACAUGAAAGGAGUUCCGGAAGCUCCUCAGUGUGGGUUUAGCUCAUUAGCCGUUAGGGUUCUUCAACAAUAUAAUGAAAACAGAAACAUUCUUGAAGAUCAAGAAUUGAAAAACGCUGUGAAAUCCUUCAGCCAUUGGCCUACGUUUCCACAGAUCUUUAUCAAGGGAGAGUUUAUUGGAGGCUCAGACAUCAUCCUUAACAUGCACAAGGAAGGUGAACUGGAGGAGAAGCUUAAAGAUGUCUCUGGAAGCCAAAAGUCUCAAUAAACUUCUAGAGGUUUUGAUUUGAUUUGACUUGAAUGAAAUUAAUUUAUGUUUUUGUGUUUGAUGGACGGCAAUAAUGUCAUAAGAAACUCAUAAUCUUUUGAAUCUUGGUAUGACCAAACCUUUAUUCCAUUA